CUUUUUCUUUAUCAGCUUCGAAUUCUCCCGUUGUCAUGCUUGAACCGAAUGUAUUCCAAAUCCCAGAGCUCUGUGGGCGCAUUGCGCGAUAUUUAUCGAUGCAAGAUGCCAUCAAUUGUGUUCAGGUCUGCAAGGAAUGGAACACCAUUUUCAUAAAUGUUAUCUGGUAUACUAUUGAAGUGGACGUUGAGACGAACUCGAAACUGCCAGAUCAAGAGGCAUUGGCCAAGCACUUCCAGUUUAUCAGAAAUCUCAUUCUUCGAAACUCUUCAUUGGAUCUUAUCCCAUCUUCAUGUCCAAACUUGCGCUCUCUAAGCAUUGAGCGUGUCAGCUGUCUUCAAGCUAAUAUACUCCGUGGCAAACAACAACUGAUUGCUCUAGAAUUAAAAAGUGUCGAACUGGAUGAUGCCUCUGUGUUGUGGAAGUUAGUAGCAUCAGAGCUUCAUCAGCUUCGUGAGUUAUAUCUGAUUGUUGCGGACAUUGACCAGGACUCGAUCGAGCACUUUUGGAUGGUAUGUUCGCGUUUAUGCACCCUUCAGCUACGACGCGUUGAGUUAUCUCGAGGACCAGAUUCAGCUUUGGAUUUCCCCCAGAUGCGCUCUAUGAAAAUUGGUGUUUUAAUCGGCCUAAACCUUGAAGACUAUCGCGAUUGGUUCAGUAACUGCCCCAAUCUAACACACCUUCAGUGGGCCCACAGAACUACUUUCCCGUUGUCAACAAUGUCAGUCCAUGUUGUACGGGAAUCUUGGUCACUGCUUCAAUCAUUGGAUCUGCAUCACGCAAUCAUUUCAGAUAAAGACCUGGCAAUGAUUGUGGAAGGCAUGAGGAAGGUCACAGAGUUGUUUGCUACUGUCGCCGGGAUUGGCCCAUAUACGUUUUCAGCGCUGCGCCCUCAUUUUGCUGGGCUUGAGGCUUUAUCUUAUCCAUUAUCGCAUCAUACAAGGAGCCAUCUCGGUGGAGAUGUGACAUGCAGGAUGAUCAACGAGGUUCUGACAUCUUGUCCAAAAUUGAGACAACUUGCAGUUGGAGCACUUCGGCCAGAAGACUUGUUAUCAAAGAAUGAACAGCCCUGGGUCUGUACAAGUUUGAGUGUGUUGAACUUCCAAAUCGGAUUCCCACGAAUAAGCGAUCCUGCGCUUCAUCAUGCUAUUUUUGCACAACUUUCAAGGUUACACUCGCUUGAAUUUCUAGGCAUCACAGGGCCUGGAAACUCCGAUGCUGAAAAUCGACAGUCGCUUGACUUCCGAUUAAGUAUGGGCUUAUCCCAGCUUGCAACGUUAACCAGGCUCAAGCAUAUCCUACUUGAGGACGCAGAGCAGAAUAUGGAACUUGAGGAUUUGCAGUGGCUUUUUGAAAACCUGCGUGGUCUGCAGGAGGUCUCGGGAAGGUUGAAUAUGGAUGAUAAUAAGGAGCGUGAACUCCAAACAACCAUUGCGAUGUUUAAGACAAAUCGUUAUCCUUGACAAAUCUUAAAGGUGUUUGGUAUUUUUUUAGUAGUAGUAAUAUACCUAUGAU